UUUAGAAGACGGGCUGCUGAGAGGUAUGUUGAAAGCUUCGGGACGUUCCGGACAGCCAAGUGUGAAGCUGAACCAAGGUAACGUGGGGCAGCACCAGAGCGGAACCUACAGAGCGUGAUUGGCAGUUAGUGAAUUCGUGUUUGUGAAUCCCGUGACUAGUAGGAAGUGGCCUAUGAACAUGGUGCAUCCCAACACAACUUGGUCGGCUGCGCCUAGCAUAAUCAACAAGGCAUACUUUACUAGUGCUGGACUGAAGAAGCUUAUCUGUAGGGAAGUCCGUACUAGCGGGCGGAUAGUGGUGAUCACUGGGUGUGACAGUGGGAUUGGCUACCAGCUGGCAAAGUGCGCCAGGUCGUGGGGGUGGACCGUGGUGGCCACUUGCCUGGAUCUGGAGGGAGAGGCCGCGGUCUCACUCCGUCAAGCUGGGGUCCACACCGUCUAUCUUGACUUCACUAAACCAAAUAUGCUAGAUUGUCUCUUGGAUAAGCUACGCCAGCUAAAGGAAGAAAACCAAGUGUUGUGGUGUCUAGUCAACAACGCCGCGAUGAUCACGUAUGCCUUCCUGGAGUGGCAUACGAGCCCCAUGGUGGAUGAUCAGGUCAAAGUUAACCUAACGGGCUCCAUAGAAAUGACUAGAGCCCUUCUACCAGUCAUCAGGGAAAACCAAGGUCGGGUGGUGAUGGUUUCUUCCCCAGCGGGGCAGAUGGCUGGGCCUAAUAUGACAAUCUACUGUGCCACAAAGUGGGGCAUAGAAGGCUUCACCCAGAGUCUACGCUUGGAGUUGGAUCACUCGGGAACCUCUGUUGUCCUCGUUAGACCAUGUAAUCUCCCUAACCGCACUGGAAUAUUGAGCAAAAAUGCUGCGCAGCUGAAGAUGAUGAUUGAAGCUGCGAGUGAAGAGACUAGAAAAGCCUAUGGAGCUGAAAUGAGGGAGACACAGCUGGCGUUCGAGGCAGCCUUUGGCAAUGUUUCCAAAAUACAAGACAUUAAUGACCCGUUCCUCAUAAAAUGUUUCAGGAGAGCCAUGAUGAGCAAGAACCCUGCCCACUGCUACUCUGCCGCACCACUGGUGGUACGCUCGUCCCUGGGGCUCCUCCAGAUGCUCCCUUCUGCAUGGCUCCACUUCCUCCUCAAGCGGGGCGUUUAUAUUAAGAUUUUAAAUCUUGCUAGAAACUACUAGAAUGUAAAUGACAUGCUACAGUGGUUCACAACAUGGAGGGGCGGGGACGGUGAAGGGGAGCCUGGGUUGUCCUUCGUUAUUCUAGGGUUUAAAGGAUGUUUCGGAGUAACUGAAGACAUUAUGGUAGUUUUUUUUUCUUAGUUACUGCCCCCCCCCCCUUUUUCACCCUCCUACCUCUAGGUACAAGGUGGAUGUCCCUAGCAAAAUAUUGACCAACCAAGAAGUAUACAAGAUUUGUCCCUGAAUUAUGUUCAGGGGUAAAGCUGUAUACUAAAGAUAGAGUACAUGUGCAUCCUGAUAGGCAAGUAGGUACAUUCUAAAGUGUACGAGUAAGCUACGAGAGACUUAAAAGAACACCAUGCUAGUAUAGUUAAAUUUGGAGAACCAUGAAUGUUACUUCCUAAGUGAAGAAUUAGAGCCUGGGAGUGCGUGUAGUUCACCUGCAAUAAGCAGGUCUGUACCACAUGCCAGCUAGGUGACAUUUGCCAGUAUGUCAUUCAACGAUGUAGGAAAUUCGCCUAAUGCAUAAAGACUGAUGCUGAUUAGAGGCUGCGACAGUAUAGAAUCUAGCUAUCACAAUACUGUUGAUGUGGUAAAUAUCAAUAUUGCUAUGUUUAGUAUGAAGACUAAAUGCACAAUUCUUUUCACUAAGGAAACCUGAACAUAUUUCCUCCAUAACCUUGAUAUCGCUGUUAUGAACUUUUGUUCACAUAUUGGCAUAAUUAGUAAUGUUUAGCGUCUCUUGAGUAUCCUGUGCCUUUGAUGUUACUACAGUCUCCCCAGCUUGGGCAUUAUUUGCUUUUACUCCAUCAUAGUGCCUUAAUUUGUAUUUAUUAAAUAGGUCGAGCAAAAAAGUUGUUUUUCUUAAGUCGGUUAUGUAUCUUUCACAACUGGCGAAAUUGUAAGGAAGACGAGGGAAAUCUGUAAUUGUCUAAUCCUAAUAUGUAUGAAAAGGUGGUGGGGGGGGAGGGGUGGUGCUGUAGUUGACUUGCCAUCUAAUCUAUAAAAUUUGUGUAAUUGCUAGAUAUACCAAUUACGUGAUUAAAGCAAUAACUUAAUCACCCUUUUUGUAAACAAAAUUAAGUCCUUGGUUCGAAGAUGCUACCUAAAACACCUGGAAUGUAAAAGGGGAAAUCUAAAUUAUGAGCUAUGGUAACUUGUAUAUUAAAUUUUAGGCCACUGAAGCUCUUGCCAUUAAAUCUAAAAUAAAGCUGCAAGGUGUAACCCUUAAGAAUGUUGAUAGAAACCACUGUUAAUGCUUAUGAUGUACAUUCAUAAUCAUUGUCAGCUGUACAGUCUUCCACAGUUCGGAGGUUAUUACAUAGUAAGGUACAGAUGUAAUUGAGAUGAAUAACCUUACUAAGGCCUCCCCCCCCCCAGUGUAACAAGUUCCGGCUAUAUACUAUGGACAUAUACUUAUUUACCUGAAAUGCAACUUAAUAUAUUAUACUGCUACA